UACGGUUCCUUCAGGGUCAUUCUCUCAAGUGCCUCUUCUAGAGCUUUAAAGAAAUUUGAGUAUAAUUAUUCCAUUUGAUCAUUUUAAUGUGAAAUGACAGGCCUUGUGCUUCAGAUUGUGAAUUUAUAUGUUAAAUUUCAUGCUGAUAUUUCUACAAAAACAUCAUAGCAGUAAUGUUGACAUUUAAAGAUCAUACUCUUAACAAACAACAUAAAAGGAAUAUUACAAAAUAAGACUUUAACUUGUGCUUUAAGAGUUUACUUCAUGAAAGAAAGAUGAAAAGACUGAAUAAAACUUUUACAUAAGUUGCUGGAGUUUAGUUCAGAAAGAUUACUGUAUUGUGGUAACAUAGUAAAGUUGAUCAUGUGAUGGUUUGUUUGCAGAUGGUGACUGUGGUUUUGUAGAAUGAUCCAGUAUGAACUCUAAUGACUAGAUUCAGCAGUUUGCAUCAGAGUGACAGGAGUAGUUAGUUGUAGGCGUGGCCUGUGAUGAUGUGUGUGUUGAGGGGCGUGUCUGUGAUGGUGUGUGUGUGUGUGUGUGUGUUGAGGGGCGUGGCCUGUGAUGGUGAUAUGUGUGUUGAGGGGUGUGGCCUGUGAUGGUGUGUGUGUGUGUAUGUGUGUGUGUGUGUUGAGAGGCGUGGCCUUUGAUGGUGUGGGUGUUGAGAGGCGUGGCUGUGAUGAUGAUGUGGAUGUUGAGGGGCGUGGCUGUGAUGAUGAUGUGGAUGUUGAGGGGCGUGGCUGUUUUGAGAAUGUGGAUGUUGAGGGGCGUGGCUGUGAUGAUGAUGUGGAUGUUGAGGGGCGUGGCUGUUUUGAGAAUGUGGAUGUUGAGGGGCGUGGCUGUGAUGAUGAUGUGUAUGUAGUGGGGGGCGUGGCUGUUUUGAGAAUGUGGAUGUUGAGGGGCGUGGCUGUGAUGAUGAUUUGGAUGUUGAGGGGCGUGGCUGUGAUGAUGAUGUGGAUGUUGAGGGGCGUGGCUGUUUUGAGAAUGUGGAUGUUGAGGGGCGUGGCUGUGAUGAUGAUGUGGAUGUUGAGGGGCGUGGCUGUUUUGAGAAUGUGGAUGUUGAGGGGCGUGGCUGUGAUGAUGAUGUGGAUGUUGAGGGGCGUGGCUGUUUUGAGAAUGUGGAUGUUGAGGGGCGUGGCUGUGAUGAUGAUGUGGAUGUUGAGGGGCGUGGCUGUGAUGAAGAUGUGGAUGUUGAGGGGCGUGGCUGUGAUGAUGAUGUGGAUGUUGAGGGGCGUGGCUGUUUUGAGAAUGUGGAGGUUGAGGGGCGUGGCUGUGAUGAUGAUGUGGAUGUUGAGGGGCGUGGCUGUGAUGAAGAUGUGGAUGUUGAGGGGCGUGGCUGUGAUGAUGAUGUGGAUGUUGAGGGGCGUGGCUGUUUUGAGAAUGUGGAGGUUGAGGGGUGUGGCUGUGAUGAUGAUGUGGAUAUUGAGGGGCGUGGCUGUGAUGAUGAUGUGGAUGUUGAGGGGCGUGGCUGUUUUGAGAAUGUGGAUAUUGAGGGGCGUGGCUGUGAUAAUAAUAAUAAUAAUAAUAAUGUUUUUUUUACAAAGUGCCUUUCAAAAACCUAUGAACACUUUACACAGUUGAUAGGUGACAUGAACAGAUAUACAGUCACAUAAUCACACAAUUAGAGCACACAGAGAUCAUAAAAUCCAAGAUCAGUAAUGUAAGCAAGCAUAGAACUGGAAUUUAAGGCAGUCCGCUACAAUCAAUUAACUAAACGUAUUGUAAAUAAGUGAGUUUUAAAGGUUUAAAGGUCUGGAGUGAAGACACAGCAAAGAGGUUUUGAGUUAGUUUGUUCCAGAGCUGCUGAAGCCACCCACACUAGAUAGAAGCUAAUUCUCAGAACUCGAUCUCAGAGUACGAGCAGGAACAUCGGGGUGAAUUCAUUCAGAUAAAUUAUUCAGAUUAAUUGCUGUGAUGUUGGUGUGAGUGUUGGGGGCGUGGCCUGUGAUGAUGAUGUGGUGUUACU